AUGAAUGGAACUCAUCAAGCAAAUCAUCAGUCGAACUCUUCAGCUUCACCUAUUCUUGUCAAACAAGUGGCUAGAAAUAUUAAUGGAAUUCAUACCGAAGUCUUAACUCAAUCUUUUGCCGAUCGAAUCCUCAUCCUUGUCACUCAACUCGGCAAAGUUGGCACACUGACACAGAUCACUAUGUCAAUGACUUCUAUCGAUCAACCUUAUGACUUAGCACCAGAAGUUCCAUCCCUGAAUAUACCAUCUUUACCAAUCCCAAAUACUUCUUUACAACUCACACCACUCCUCAGUACACCUCCAAGUGAAUCAAGGACGAUUUACGACGUAUUUUUAAAUCAAAUCGGAAUGUUAGUUCUUACCGGUUUUGGCCCAAGACCUAAUUUAGAUCCUUCACAAAUUUUCGGAAUUGGUAGAAGACCAUUGAUUGUUGGUUUAGCACUUAAACCAGACAAUUCUUUAUCUUCAACUUCAUCAGAUGAUUGUCAAGGUCUUGUAGAUCUAGAUAGGAUAAGAUUUGGAAGUGUGAUGGAAAUGAUCAUGGAAUGUCGAGUAUGGUGA